CAUCUGAGCCCGUCCAGCUCCUCUCACGUGUGUUGAGAGAAGGAUAACAAAGGAGGGGGGAGCCGCCCCUUGGAUGCACGUGAGAAAACCAGCAGCAGCAGGAGGUGACGUCAGGCUCCAGUUUUCCAGCAUGUUUGUUAAAAACACGGGGAUUUGGGGCAUCUAGAAGAGUUUUUUCCCCCAUCUUCCAGUCGAUUCCCCAGUGAAUUGAUUUAUUUUGCUUACUUAUUAAUUUAACGGAACUUUAGCAAGAACGGGAGAAGAACUUCGGGUCUUUUGGGUUCUAUUAGGGUUCUCUCACUGGGAAUCCGGGCUGGAUGCAUCGCGGAACACUCGAGGAAGUCCACUUCUUUUGUUUGCUUGGACUGUCGUUUGCUGAUGUAUCAGUGUUUCCUGACAAUCCACACACAACCGACGGCUACAAGAGCAUAUUCCCGGCCGAAUGAGCGCGUUUGCUGGGAGGAUGGUGGUGUCGGCGAACACGACCGAUGUUACACGUGGCCAUGGGUGCGAUAACGGGGCGCUAAUGGACAAUUUCGGGGUCUUGAUCCAGGCGCUGCUGGCGGUUGUGGCUUUCAGUACUUUGAUGUUAAAACGGUUCCGCGAACCAGCUGGAAUAAGACGACCAUGGAGAAUCUGGUUUUACGACACCUCGAAGCAGGCGAUCGGCGCACUCUUCAUUCACUUUGCCAACGUCUUCCUCUCAACACUCACCAUAGAAGACCCCUGCUCUUUGUAUCUGAUGAAUUUCCUUCUGGAUGCGACAUUGGGCAUGCUCGUAAUCUGGGCGGGGGUGAAGGCAGUCUCCAAGGCCGUCGAGUACAAGAAAGUCACCCUGCUCACCUUUGGAGAAUAUGGGGAGCCUCCGCAGGUGGCGGCCUGGGUGGGCCAGUGUGCCAUAUACCUGCUCAUCGUGGUGCUGGAGAAGUGCGUGGUGACCCUGGUGCUGCUCAUUCCUGGGUGGACUAGGGUGCAGGAGGUGCUGCUGGACUACAUCCCCAACGCUCAGCUGGAGGUGGUGCUCGUCAUGCUCAUCGUGCCCUUUUUGGUCAACGCCGUCAUGUUCUGGGUGGUGGACAGCCUAAUGAUGAGGAAAUACAAGACGCUGGUGACAAUGGAGGAAAAGGGCGACGUCGUGAAGCAGGGGGAGGCGUCGUCGUGGGCGACUGGAGAGGAGGCGCAGGUACUCCUGGAACCCGACACUGACCCUGAGGUCCUGGAGGGGGAGCAAGGAUGGUCAGGGUCAGAGUCACCCCUCCCGUGUUCGGGGGCCGCUAAGUGUGUGUGACUGCUGAUGGUCUGGCCACUUCUGUCUCCAGUUCCCUGCUGAAUGAGAGGCGUUCUGAAGUUUGCGUGGAUCCCGACUCAGCCAGACGUCGAGCACUUUACUAGGAGGGGCCAGAGCAGUGAUCACUCUUUUUACACGCCUUUUACACUCGGUCACUCCUAUCCUUUAUUCAUGGUUACACACCCUGUUGGCGGAGCUUUUUCUGGGACCCGUAGGCACUUGAUUCUGAGUGAUUUGUUGGCUGGCCCCUUGUGAUGGUUUAUUCCUGCUAAUCAGUGUAUAUGGAUGAUAGGCCGCCUUCUCAGGGUUAGACAAUGACUCAUGGGAGAGGGGUGUCUCAUAUCUGGAGCAGAUGGAACUCGUCCUUCCUUUGUGCUGAUUGGUUACCCCAAAAUGACCCCAAAGACCCACAGGGCUUAAUUUAAUGGCAUUAAGAGGAGUUUAUGAGCUGCCUGAGACAAGAUGAGGAGCAGUGUCAUUUUCCACCCUGAUUGAUAACGUAGAUGAAUUCGGGAGGUGGGGGAGGGGUUCCCAUUUUCUUUCUUUUUCUCCCCAAGCCGUCUUGGAACCAAGCACCAGCACCGUCUGAUGACGGAGAUGUUCUCCACCUGUCUGAUGCUAUCCUUCUGUUCAUGUGAACCACACUACUGCCUAAUAUACACUUUGUUUCUGUACGACUGGCUACUCUCCUUCUGUAAUGCAAAGUGCAGUUGGUCUCUUGUGGGGGGGGGUGUGAUCUGAUCGACACUCACAGCUGGAGGCUGGAUGUUUGUUCCCUUGUAAUGUUUGCUUGCAUUCCUCAGUACAUUCAUGGGGAAAAUAUCAAUAUGUGUGUGUAUUAUUCACACAAGUGCACUGAUGCAUGUAUUUCUUAGUCCAAAUGUGUUUGCCUCGUACAGCUAAUGCUUUGAGGUAUUACUAUGUGGCAGUUGGGGUUUGAGCCGGUGCUCCUCAGCUCUGUAUUGGUUAGGUUACGCCGGUUCUGCAUUGUUCUGUGUAUUUUACCAGUGUUCUUUCUUUAAUAAAGCAGCUCCUGAUUAAUA